AUGGCUCCGAGAGACGACAUGACCUGGAUCACGGUUGUUUUCGUGAAAUGUGCCACUUGCACCUCCCAACCCGUUAGCUUUCUUUUGGCUUUUUUUUCGUUUUGCCUAUCUGUUGUUGGCUGUGCUUCUGUCGCGUCUGCUGUUCAAGGUAGGUUCACUGAUUUUGUUUGGCAUGUCAUCAAAACCACAAAGCUGGGCGCAAUCACUUGUGUUCAUGGCAUAGUAACACCAGGGAAUCCGUUUCUCGAGGUGAUAUUUAACCCAACAGAAAACCAUCAGGCGACAAAAGAGCAAGAGACCACCGAUCACCUUUCAGAAAGAUUCGAGUGUAAUAUUUGCGGCCGGAGCUACAAGCAUCAAUUCCAUCUUAAAGCCCACGUCAGGGAGUGCAGCGUCGAGCCACUUUUCAGCUGUGAGAUAUGCCUGAAAAGGUUCUAUCAUUCGAGGAACCUCAGCAGGCACAUGCAGAAUGUACAUAACCAUCCGAAAAAGAAGUCGCUUCACCAUAGCCAUCACGCUCAAGAGGCGCAAAAUCAAAUGUCACAGCAGCAAAUUGUCGAGCAAGUCACUGUCCCUAUGAUACUGAUUCCUUCAGCCCAGCAGGUUCAGCAAAACCCUACUUUCGCCCUUCCAGCAGAUCCUAAUUGAUAUUUUAACAUUGAUAACUUUUAAGGGGGAGGGAUUAUUGUUUUAUGUUAAAGGAAAAUCAUAUUUGGCAUUUUUAAUAUUAUCUUUGUUCAGGGAUAUUUUAUUAGCACUGUACCUCACAGAUUUAUUUAUUUUUAUUGUUUAGAUUACUACUACUACUAGAAUAGUUUAUAAGAUAUAAAACCUUCUUUCCACAAGUUAUAUUUAAUUUAAUUUUAAAAUUAUAUUUUCUUUUACUUUGUACUCUUGUAGCUUAUUAUUUUCAGUUAAAACAAGGACGUGUGUUUGAAUAUUUAAUAACACCUUGUACAACUAUAAUGCACGAUGGUUGAGAAAAUUUGUGUUUAUUUAAGCUAGCUGUUUAAUCUGAAUCGAAAAUUAUUACAUUAAAAUUAUUAAAUAAGAAGGCAAGUGUACAAAAAUGAUCUUGAGUGUAAUCAUGACUAUUUCAUCUUAAGGAGAAAUAUAUAUAUUUUGUUUUGAAAAUUAAUUGGGAUACAAUCAGAAAUGAUGAUCGCCAUAGGUUACAUGCUCAUAUUGAGAUGCUGUAUUGUUUCAAUUUUUUGGUGGCAGUAAUGUUUAGCACGUUUUUUUCUUCUUCGAUGCUACACAGACGGAAAUUUCAAGCAUUUUAUAAAAAAAAAAAUAUUAAUCGAUAAUUGUAUUUUAACUUGUUAUAAUUUAGUUUUGCUGUAAUUUACAGUGUCUUUUGUUUUCACUGGGGAUGAUUAAGAAUUAACUGUUUGAAAAUUUAACGAAACAUUUAUUUUAAGUUGCAUUAUUCCUUUUGCGGCUUAUAUUGAAAAAUAUUUAUAUUAAUUUUUUUGAUCUGAUAAACAUCCUGUUGUAUUUUAUCAUGUGGUAUAUUUGUAAAAAAGAAAAAAAUUAUUAAUUUAUUAUAAGAAAAUAAUUAAUUAUUUUUAUUGAUUUUUUACAUUUUAUCCUAAAUGUAGUUGGAAUUUAAUUAUGUGUAUAUUAUUUAUUCAUGAAUAUAUAAGUUAUAUAUUAUUAUCAAAUUUUCUUUGAAGAUACUGGGUUGUAGGGUUAAAUAAACAGCCUUUUUUUAAUUUAAUUUAUUUUCUUAAAAAUAAUUAUUAGAAUGUAUUUGAGUUUUUGUUAAGUCCUGUAUUUAAUGUUAAAAAUGUCUUGGGACUUUUUUUAAAAAUAAAUAAAGUUGAUUAUUUUGCACAAGAAAUGCCGAUUGACGUUUUAUUAAUCGAAUUUCUUAGCUGCCAGAUUGUAAAAACUUCACAAAUUUUAAUUUUUGUAAAGGUGGUUUAGCCAAAAUCUCUUUUAAUAGUGGAUCACUUGUUUUUACAUUCUGAGUACAAAUCAAAAUAUGAAGAGUGAAUUUUCCAUUGAAAAUCACUGAGAAUAAUUUAUUAUAUUCUGCCUCAACCAAAAUGGAUAUUUAAUUUUAAAUUGUCACUUUUUUAGGUAUGUUGUGGCUUAAAUUAUACUGUAGCAAUUGAAUUGUGAGAAAAACUAAUAUUGUUUUUAUUGCAGGUAAUUUGUUUUGGCAAUGGAAUUCUCAAGACAAGAAAUUUGGAAUCUUAAUUGUGGUGUUGAAAAAACUAAACAAAAACAAAUGGGCAGGUUCUAUAUUUCUGCAAUCGUUGUGGGCGGUCGUACAAAUACAAACAGAACAUGACCGCACAUCAGAAAUAUGAGUGUGGACGUGAACCAAAAUUCGAGUGUCAGAUAUGUGCAAAGAAAUUCAAACUUAAGAGAAACCUCAAUGCUCACUUGGCUAUCCAUCAAAAGAUAUUUUGAUAUAAAGUUUUUGUUUUGUGUUCUGAUAAAAUGAAAUUUAAAGGUUCGGGAUGUCUUGUUAUGUUUAUUAGGAAUAAAUUGUUUUUAAUAUAUAAUUUUUCUUUUGUUUUGAGAAAAAAUUGAUAAGGAAACCUAUUAUUUUUUCUUUCUUUAUUAUUUAUGAGAAAAAAAAAUCAAGAUGCAUUUAAUUCCCUUCUCCAAUCCACUCUCAAACACAAAAAGGAUAAAGUUCUGGAAUUCUAAAGACUCACCCGUUACAAAUGUUUUCCAGGUCAGCAAAGAUUUAUAUGUGACUGGUGUGGACGAUCGUACAAAUACAAACAGAACAUGACCGCUCAUAAGAAGUACGAAUGCGGCCGAGAGCCUAGAUUCCAGUGUGUGAUUUGCCUUAAAAAGUUCAAAGUCAAGAGUAACCUCAAGGCCCACUUAGCCGUACACGAGAGAAUAUUCUUCUAGUACGCAAAGUAUAGCAUGUCAAUAAAAAAAA